GACUCCUCCGAUAAAAAAAAACCCCAGACCCCGAGCGCCCGUCCUCUUCCCCUGCCGCCGCCGCCCCAACCCUAGGGUUGGGCUCCCCUGCCGCCGCCGCCCCUCCCCUGUCUCUCUCCCCCCACCCAAACCUAACCACCGUCUUCCCCAUUGUCGUUGCCAUGGCCGGCAAGCGCGCCGCCAAGCGCGGCCGCAAAACAGGAAUCCCGGCUGGAUCUGACUGCUCGGUAGAGCUGGGGCUCAAUGGCGUCCCCAUGGAGCCCCAGGUCACCGAGAACCCACCGCCGGAGCACCAAGUCACAGAUAACCCACCGCCGGAACAGGAGAAGAUUGCCAUGGCUGGCAAGCGUGCCGCCAAGCGCGGCCGCAAAACCGGAAUCCCGGCUGGAUCCGAGGGCUCGGUAGAGUUGGGCCUCAACGGCGUCCCGGUGGAGCCCCAAGCCACGGAGAAACCACCGCCGGAACCGGCCGCGGAGGUUGAAGGCGGAGAGGCGGAGGAGGGCGAGGGUUCCCAGCAGUCCGAGGAAGCGGAAAGGGAGGAGGAGCAAUCCGAUCUGCAUUCGUCAAGCAAGGAGGGCUCCCAGUCUGAGGAUGAGGAGGAGGGGGGUGAAUCCAUGGAAGAGGAAGCGGCGGACGAGCUUGCGUCUGCUCUGCAGUUACUAAGCAAGGGGAGGACCAGAGGAUCAUCAAGGGUAAAUAGUCCAGAGGAUCAUCAAGAACAUGGACCAGAGGAUGAAGGUGCAGGGAUCAUCAAGGGUAAGAACAAGAAGAUGCGCAAGCCUGCACCGGAAGAGCACGAACCAGAGGAACAAGGGGCAGAGGUUAUCAAGUCGAAGAAGCGCAAAUUGGAGAGGAUCAAGCCAGCACAGCAACAAGGUGAGCCGGGCACUUCCAAGGUAAAGAGGAUCAGGCGCGAAUGGGCUCCCAAUGAUGAGAUUCUGAUCCUCGAGCAGGUCGUCCAUUACCGCGACACCCAUGGGUAUCCCCCAGAAGUCGAGGACAGCGGCUUCUUUCAAUAUGUCCUCAAGCAGCUUGAGGACCAGAGCUUAGAACUCCGUACUGUCAAGGAUAAAAUGUCCAGUCUAAGGCGCCGCUACUUCGAGAAGAAGCACAAAUCUACUACUGAGCAUGGUAAACGCCUUGACAAUCUCUCUGAGCAAGCCUGGGGCAAACCUUCCCAAGUUGGGGCUAAGGAUAGCAGUGGCAGAAAUCUCUCCAAGAAAGCAUUGCGCAGAAAUUCUCGAAAGGAUAGCAAUGGCAGCAAGACUGGGGACAAGAGCUUUGAGGAAAUGUGUGAGAUGUACCCUCUCCUUGCCCAGGAGGUGGAGCUUAUUGCGGAUAUAGAUCCUUCCGCUAAAAGCUCGUUCACUAGAAUAGAUGCUGAGGUGGCAUGUCAGUUGGAGAAACAGCUUGAUGCAGCCAAGGCACAGGUUUCCCAGGUUAGGCAGACACUCGCUGGUGAGCUGGCAGAAGCUUGCUAGGUAAUGAACUGAUUUCAUGUUUACCUCUUCACUUUGAGCCCGAGAAAGAUUGUGCUAGACUUUCUCAGUUAUCAGCAUGCACCCUAUGUUUCAUACACCUGUUCGGUUUAAUGGGACCUGUUCGGUUUGAUGGUAGCUUAAUUCCAGAUCCUGUAUGUGCAUGUUUUAUGUGUUGUGAUUAACUGCACCAAGUUUAAUGGGAGCUUAAUUCUAGAUCUUUA